UGGUGGCCGCGCUCCCCUCAGGGACGGGCAGGGCGGGAAAGUUGCCCCGCCAUCCCAGGAGCCCCCGCGCGUCAGGAAGCGGAAGCGGCUCCACGUGGGAGAAGCGGAGGGAGAUCCCGCCCGGCACCCGCGGCAGUAAUUCACCUGGCUAUUGGCAAAACAUCUGAUACACUACCUGCAAACUACAAAGUACUCUUUCCUACAGCAGUAUAGACAUAAAAAUAUCCCCUACAAAAAGACAAAAGCCAGAAAGAAAAAAAAAAAAGACCACCUUUGUAUCAGCCUUGCUCUUAAAUGAGUGUUUCUGGCUGUAAUAAAUUAAGCUGGCAUUUUUAAACUGUUAUUCCUGAAAAUGGAUUUUCGAUUUAAUUUUGAUAUUGAUGAAAAUGAGGACAGUGAAGCAGACACUCACUUCUUACUGCUGGGCUGUCCAAAACACAAGCAGGAACCCGUGGCACAGAGCAGGAAAACUGCCGAUGCUGGAGCAGACUCCAUCCCAAGGCCAGGUGCUGCAAAGCACCAGGAUGAGGCACCAAAGACAAAGCACUGUGUGAAAGCUGCCAAGGAGCACAUUAUACCUGCAGAUCUCAACAAAAUAUUGGAAAACAAAGUAAUGGAAACAGUGUUGGACCUGUAUCACGUAAAGGUGUCUGUGCUGGAAAUGACGUGUUCGGGUGACGCCGACAGCGAAGGCAUCGUGUCCAAAAGUGUCUCUUCUCACUCUGAUCUCAUCCCAGGAGUCUAUGAAGGAGGACUGAAAAUCUGGGAAUGCACCUUUGAUCUCAUGGACUACUUUUCUGAGGCUGAAAUACAGUUUACCAACAAGACUGUACUGGAUCUUGGCUGCGGGGCUGGAUUGCUGGGAAUAGUUGCCUUAAAAGGUAAAGCUGAAAGAGUCCAUUUUCAGGACUACAACAGCACAGUGAUUGAGGAAAUAACCCUGCCCAACGUGGUGGCCAACUGUGUAAAUGAAGGCAUUAGUGGAAAGGACAGAAAAACCAGCAAACCUCCUGCCAAGAGGCCCAAGAAAGCAGAGGGCUCACCUGAUGUGCUCACCACAUGCAGAUUUUUUUCUGGAGAGUGGUCUGAAGUCACCCAGCUCCUGUUAAGCAGCAACAAACCCUUUUCAAAGUAUGAUAUAGUUCUCACAUCUGAGACCAUCUAUAAUCCUGAUUAUUACAGUGCUUUGCAUGAUACGCUGGCUCAGCUCUUGGAUAAAAAUGGCCAUGUGUAUUUGGCAAGCAAAGUGCAUUAUUUUGGGGUUGGUGGUGGUAUCUACCUCUUUCAGAAAUUCGUUGAAGAAAGAAAUGUGUUUAGAACCAGCAUAAUUAAAACCAUUGAUCAGGGACUGCAGCGAUGCAUUAUGGAAAUGGCCUUUAAAGAUUCCAGUUAAAAUUCAACCACUAGUCCUUAAAAAAUAACUUAAAAAUGUUUUAAUCCUCCUAUCUCUUUGCUUUUUCCUCUGUUAUUCCGGUUGACAAGUUAAGGAUGGUGGUUAUUGAAAUGUUUAACAAAUUCUGUCUGACUAGAAGUAAAGGACUUUUCUGACACUGAUUUUGCAUGGAAAAAUGGAGUUCUGCUUAAAGCAGCAUCUGUUUAUGCUAAUUAAUUGCCAUUGAUAUGUAUUUAAAAAUUAAGGAAGUCCUCAGUCCUCCCCUUUGACUUUGUCAGCACCAGAAUUGUACCUCACAGGAACGGCUGUGACCUACAUGACAUACGUCACGUGGGAUGACCCAGGAAUGACGUGACAUACUGUAGCUGAAUGAGGUAAUUUAGCAUCCUGAAUUAGUGCAAGAGGCUUUUCUCGAGGGUUGGGCCUCCCUCAGUAUGGUCUCACUGCAGCCAGAUUUGGGCACAGACCACGCACCAGUGAGCUCUGCUGCUUUGCCACCAGAGGGGGAUGUGAUUGUAUUUUUCACUUGUGUCCUACGCUGCCAGCGAUCUCACAAAUCCGGGUAAUGUUUCCCUAUGUAAUGCACACAUGACUUGCUCAAGCCUCUGAAAAAGUGCACCAGAGAAUAUCUACUGCUGUGGGCUCUGAAUAUUCACAUUCAGAUUCUGACAUAUCGCUCUCUAUUCAGCAAGUAAGUGGGAAAAGUGAUGCUGGUUUAGAAAUGAAUAAAACAAUUCUGUUUCAGAAGCUGACUUGAAAGUCUUGACACAAGAGGAGCUCCUUACAACAACCAACCAAUAAGCCUAUGAGUGCAACAAUGGAGGAUGGCAGAACUGAGCUUUAGGUGACAGCUGGGAAAGGAGACAAACCACUGUAAUAGCACAGUUUAACUACAUUGCUGCACUUUUAUUAAAGUUUUUUUCCAGAAAUUAACUGCCCCAUUUUCGAAAACUUGCUGGGGUUUUACUGAGCACCCACACCUCUUUCAUCUCCUCAGCAGUUUGGCAGGACAGAAAGCAUUCAGAAAAGCCUGUGUGCAAGGCACUGCUGUUUCCUAGGCUGAAGAAAUUGCCUUACCAAAAAUGCAAACAAACCCAAAGAAAUAAAAAAACCUGGUCCUGAGUGCUCAGUGUCACCAGGAACUAAAAAAAAAGUCCACUGCAUGUUUUGUCUUAACGAAAAAGAGACAGAAAGCCAUUACACAGCUUUAACAUGUAGAUCAAGGCUACUGCUUCUCAUCAUGCACUGAUGAUGGGAGCCCUUGCAGAAAUAUAAAAAAAGAGACAGAAACAAAAAAGAGAGAUAGUCAACCAGUGCAGUAAACUGGAUGCAGGGAUACUCAGUGUAGGGGAGAAGGGACAACAGUUUGAGGGGAUGGAAAAACAUAUUACAGCAGCAACCUAAAUCACUUUAAUUAUUGCAUAAAAGUUCCCAUCACUGAAGACUAUGAACAUCAGCCUCAAGAUUCCUAUUUUGACCCUAUUGCUAUUAAGACAGAGUCAUAGAGGAUUCCCUGUACUUUACAGAAGAACCUUAACUACUGUUGUUUCAGACUAUUUUAAAGUGGUCCUUUGGAAACUACUGAAUCUGGCCUUUCAUAGGAUAGGAGAGGGAGGAAAAACGCAGUAAGUUGUACCACGACUGUCAUUGUGCUUUGGAAAUUUUUCUCAUUGACUCUGAAACUUAUUGACAACAGAUAACUGCUGGCUACAAACUGAGGAACAAAGGUUUUAGCUUUGGCAGAUCAAGAAAUUACUGUUAACAGUUUCUGUUGAAACAGGGAAGCUGGAAACAAACUGAUUUACCAUUUUUCAAACCUUUUUGACAAAGACAAAUCAUGGCUUGGACACGGAUUGUUCUACACCUGCUGAGUCUGGUGCUGUGUCAGAGAACCAUACCUGAAACAAUAAGAAAUGCUGACCACUAUGACAAAGAAUAUGGUUAAGAACAAGAAUAUCAAGUAUUUUUUGAUGAAUAAAGGAAGAAGGUACUUACAA